AUGGAUAUGGACAGCAAUCAAGAUUCACAACAGCUUAAUCAGUCACCGAAUACGGAUACGGGUACGGGUAUAGGUACUGGAACUGGCACUGGCACUGGAACUGGCACUGGAACUGGCACUGGAACUGGCACUGGAACUGGCACUGGAACUGGCACUGGAACUGGCACUGGAACUGGCACUGGAACUGGCACUGAAACUGGCACUGGCACUGAAACUGGAACUGGAACUGGAACUGGAACUGGAACUGGAACUGGCACUAGCACGGCCACUGACACUAGCACAUCCACAGGCACUAGCAGGGGCACAAUACGAAACGGAUUUGACAAUUUUCGUCAAAGAUUCGAUCCACAGUCUUUGGGCACAACUUCCACAGCAACUGGGAACAAUCAAGCAAAUGCAAGUACAACCCCCACCACAAACCUUCCCAACACAAGUCUUAGAGACUUUUUACGUGGCAGCGGUCGUGAGGAAAGCGCCACCAUUAUUACCGUUGACUAUGUAUUUUCGGAUGAAAAUAGACCAACUACUCCAAAUAGGUCAGGAUCCUUAGUUCUUUCGUUGCCUAAUACAUCUACCACUAGAGAUCCCAGUGUGGUACAGGAGAUGAUAAGAAUGGCAACUCAAAUGGCUUAUUCUUUGAUAAUGACUAGUAUCCGAAGUCAAAAGAAGGGAAUCAAACUCUCAAAAUUCAAAUCAUUUGAAAAAGUGAAAUUGGCAAAUUUACUUGAUGAGACAAGAGUAUGUUCUAUUUGUUUGGAGGAAUUUGAGCCGUUGGAGGAUGAAAAAGAAGUGGAGAAUAUGAAUGAGAAGGAGAAGGAAAGCGAGUCUUGUGUUGAAGAAGACCUUGACGGAUUUAUUACAAGCAAGAAAAGAAGACUCCUGAAUAUAAAGUCUAAGUUGAUGAGGAGAUUCUCUAGAUCAAAGACUGAGUUAAUUGAUGAGCAUUCACUGUCUGGAGAAGCAUCAAACUCAUCACUUCUUUCAACUGAUGAUGCAAACGCUAAUACUGCUUCAUUGCCACAUACAUCUACGGAAGCAUCUGCUGCUGCUGCUGCCACUACUACCAAUACUACGACUAAUGCUACGACUAAUCUGCCAACAACUUCGGUUCCUCCACCAGAAGCGGAACCAGUCUAUCUUCUUGAUUUCACGGGGCUGCUUUCACAUAGUGCAACCAAACUACCAUGCAAUCAUAUAUUUGGAGAAGAUUGCUUAUGUGAGUGGUUGAAGGAAAAUUCAACUUGCCCAUUAUGUAGGUUUUCACUUGUUGAUACAAGUGAAUCAUCAAGAACAAAUAACGAUGAUAAUAACAAUGACGGUAAUGAUAAUGAUGGAGGGAUAAGAGAUGCUAAUGGUAUAUUUGGAGGGUCGUCUUCUCAGCGUCGUAAUAUCAAUGGACAAACAUUUACCAUUUUUUCAUUUCCGUCACCUGGAAACAAUGGGUCCAACUCAAACUCAAACUCAAACUCAAACUCAAAUUCAAAUUCAAAUUCAAGCUCUAGUUCAAAUGGUUCUAAUCUCAAUAGAGAUGAGAGCAAUACUAGACCGGCUGCAGCCAAUAGUGAUACCAAUACAUCAAAUACCUUUCGUUCGCCAUUUUGGCAUUUUUCCGAUAGUUUACAACAACACAUAGGGAAUGCAUUAGAUACGGGAUCUAGUAAUCGUUUUACGGUUGAUCAUCUAGGUGGGUUUCUGAGUAUAACUCGGAGACAUCAAUCGGGAUCAAACCAAAACACUAAUGAUACCACAUUUUAUACUUUAGUUAAUCCAAGAGGCAAUAGAAGAGAAACAAGAUCCAUGGAGUCCGCCACUUCGGCAUCUGGAAAUCAGACUGGAGAAAAUAACCAAACGAAUCAAUCAAUAUUACCGCAAUUAGAUUUUUCUACAAUUUCUCGAGUAAUUCAAAAUUUAUAUCAACUGUUUGGCACUGGUCAGAGAAGUGAGACUACAACUACACAACAUCAACAACAUUUUCAACAGCAACAGCAACAGCAGCAGCAACAACAACAACAACAACAACAACCUCCUGACUUUACCGAAAUUAUGAAUCUCAUUUUUGAUAGUUUUCAACCGUCUGGGAGGCAUACAGACUCCUUUGCUAACGUUUUGAGGAGAAAUGAAAACAGAGAGGGAGCUUCUCUUGCUAAUAAUGUAUCAUCAUCAUUAUCUGCUGCUGCUGCUCAGAGCAACGCAUCAACAACUCCUUCUUUUUCUUCUUCUUCUUCUUCUUCAUCAUCAUCAUCAUCAUCUUUUUCUUCUCCUUCUCCUUCAACAAUACCACCACUUGCUCCACCUGCCGUGGAAGCAAUCAAUACUGCUAAUAGCAACUUUUUGGGGUCUAGUGCAGUUCAUUCAAGAGUCAACGAACUUAGACAAACAAGAGGAUUCACAAGCAGAAGCAGCAGGAGCAGCAGGAGCACAAGUGAUUCCAAUACAACAGGGAGGAGUUUUGAUGAUGAUGUUUCUACACUUGUUAGUGUAGAGCGUGCACCUUCCCCAUCAGCAUUACCACCUACAGUUGAUUCCAACUGUAUUAAUGAGGCGAGAAAUGGAAGCUUUUCUUCAUCUGUGUUAUCAGUUAACGAAGAGGACGGAGAGGACGAAGAGGACGGAGAGGAAGAAGAGGACGAAGAAGAAGUUAUGGUUUUGAGAAGAGGUAGCAACGAUGGCAAUGGCUGUUUAGGCAUUAGAGAUAAUGUUGGCGGGUAUAACAAUGAAGAAGAAACUAACCAUUGUGAGUUCAACACUGUUGACAGUAAUGGCAAUAGCAGCAGUGGAUCCAGAUUAGGUAAUUUUUUUACUCAAUUUAUGGGAGGAAAUAGGAGAACUACUUGA